AUGAAUCGAAAUUUUAGAGGUUAUCAAAAUAUGUUAGAAGUCUAUUCUGCCUCCACUUUCCAAAAAAAAAAUCUUAAUCAAGGAAAUAAGAUUCUGCUUCCUGCAUCUGCAUUAUAAUAAGUGCUACAUUUGAAAUAACAAGGCCCAAUGAUUUUUAGACUCUAAUCUACUUUGGAUGAUAAAAAAUAUACUUAUGUAGGUGUUCUGGAAUUCACAGCAGAAGAAGGUACAUGCGUAGUACCAGAUUGGAUGUUGGAGAGCAUGGGGUUUUUUGACGGGUGCAAUAUUAUUAUUUCUCAUGAAAAAAAAUUAGAUUAAGGAAAGUUAAUUAGAAUUUAGCCUCAUGAAACUGCUUUUAUUGAUUUACCUGAUCCAAGAGCUAUUUUAGAGAAUCAUCUAAGAAAUUUCAUCUGCCUGACAGAAGGAGAAACUAUUUCUAUAAAUUUCCAUAACACCAAUUACUUAAUAGACAUUGUGAAGGUUGAACCUACCAACAAUCUUAAGGCUGUUUGCAUUAAUGAAGCAGACGUUGAAAUUGAUUUCAUGAAACCAUUAGACUUCAACGAUGCUCCACCCAAUUUAGUUAAGAAGUCUAGUUCUUUGGUCUAACAAGAAGAGCUUUAGGCUUAAAAAUAAUAAACAGUCUUCACAGGAACUGGAGUCCGCAUCGACGGAAAACCUUUAACUACUUAAAUGAGAAAGCCUUCAGAAGAUGUUAAACCUGUGGAACCAUAUAAUCCUCGUAAACACAAAUUGGUGAAUGGAUUAAAGCAAACUGAAGAAGCUGCUCAAUUUAUUGGAUCUUCUAUCAAAUUGGGAAAUACAGGCACUUAAAAUAAAAAGAAUGCUUGA